CGACGCAUGCGAAAAGCCUUUUGAAAACGACAAAGUUUAUGAUCAUUGCCAUCUCACUGGUUACUACAGGACUGCUCUUUGCAAUGCAUGUAACUUACAAAGACAACGCCAAACAUACAUCACAGUAUUUCUACACAAUUCAGCAUCUUAUGACACCCACCUAAUUGUCUCUGCACUCGGUUCUGUUUGUAGUAAUAAAUUAACCGUAAUUCCUCAGUCAAGUGAAAAGUACAUAUCAUUUACUAUACAAUUGUCCAAUCGACUCCAUCUCAGAUUUCUUGAUUCGUUCAAAUUUCUACCCGAUAGUUUGGAUUCGUUAACCUCUAACCUUUUACAACCGGCUGGUUCUACACCAUCUAUUGAGCAAAUAGCUGCUAUUCUCAAACACACAUCGAAACAUUUCGAACAUCAAAGUUUACCUCUUGUAUCACGUAAAGGAGUUUUUCCAUACGAAUAUUGUGAUUCUUGGGCUAAAAUGGACGAGGAAAGUUUACCACCUAUAGAAGAAUUUUACAGCUCUCUUUGUGAUAGUACAAUAAGUGCAGACGAUUAUCGGCAUGCACAAACAGUUUGGAAACACUUCAAUUGUCGCACACUUGGACAAUACAGUGACUUAUAUUUGAAAACAGACGUACUACUCCUAGCUGACAUAAUGGAAUCUUUCCGCAACAUUAGUCUCGAGACUUUCAAACUGGACCCAGCUCACUAUUUCACACUUCCUGGUUUUUCUUUUGAUGCUAUGCUUAAAUACACUAAAAUUAAGUUGGAACUUUUAACAGAUUACUCGAUGUACGCAUUUUUCCAUUCCUCUAUUAGGGGCGGAAUAGUUACGUGUGUUCACAGACAUGCAGUUGCAAAUAAUCACUAUACUGGUGCACCUUACAAUACAAAAAAACCCAACAGUUUUCUAGCUUUUCUGGACAUUAACAAUUUAUACGGGUAUUCUAUGUGUGCGGCUCUACCCAGAGCAAAUUUUGCUUGGAUGAGUCGAGACGAAAUAGACAAUGCUGUUGCCAACAUGAAAAAUUGGAGCAAGGACCAAACAGUAGGCUAUGUUUUAGAAGUAGACAUAGAAUACCCAAAAGACUUGCACGACGCACACAACGAUUUUCCUUUUCUGGCAAAAAAUCAAAAAGUUUUCCCAUCCAAUCAGACUCGACUCAUAACCUCACUUACAAAUCACACAAAUUAUGUAUGCCACUAUUUACUGUUGAAACAAGCUAUAGAACACGGAUUGAAAUUGACAAACAUUCGUAGAGGCAUUUCUUUUGAACAAAGCAAAUUUCUAGAACCAUACAUAAGUUUGAACACACAGCUAAGACAACAGUCUAAGAAUAAAUUUCAAAAAGAUUUCCACAAAUUACUCAACAAUGUGAUUUUCGGUAAAUCGUGUAUGAAUUUAUGGAAACAAAUGGAUUUAAAGUUGGUUAAUAACGAGAAAUCGCUAUUGAAAUAUAUAGCUCGUCCCUCGUUCAAAGAUCGUUUGAUUUUUGGUAAGAACAUAUGUGGUAUUACUCUACACAAGGAAAAUAUUUUGCUAAACAACCCUAUUUACAUUGGUUUUUCGAUUUUAGAUUUGAGUAAAACAGUAAUGUAUUCGUUCCAUUAUGAUGUAAUUAGAAAGAUAUAUGGUCCCAGUGCCAAACUCCUGUAUCAAGACACGGAUAGUCUGAUGUAUCUGAUUAAAACCGCGGACUUUUAUUGGGACAUAAGGACAAAUGAAGAUUUGAAACAUUGGCUAGACACGUCAAAUUAUCCUGUAGAUCACCCAGCUUAUUCAACACAGAACCGAAUGGUGGUUGGUAAGAUGAAAGAUGAAUUUGCUUCUAAAGCUCCUUAUCAGUUUCUGGGUUUACGGUCAAAACUAUGGGCGUGCAGAUUGUAUAAUGAAAUUAUUGGUCAACAGCAGCAGCAGCAACAUUUUGAUAAAGAAACAGAAGAUAGAUUAGAAAAUGAACAUGAUAUCAAAAAUUAUUAG